CUGAUUUGGAGGUGGAGAAGGAGGGGGCGCUGCAGAGGAUGAGGCAGCCUCGGCUGGCCGGAGGAAGUGCCUGCUUCGCCUUCGCCUGGAAGUGGUAACGAGAGAGGCGUGCGAAGCGGGGCUGAGCUAGGCUUGGGCGGACUCAUCCUCGCUUGCAACGGAGCGUCGGCUCUCUUUCGCACCCCGCGAAUGCCCACCAUGUCCCAGGCGAGCAGACGCGAGGAGGCCAGGAGCAGCAGCAGCAGCAGCAGCCUUAAGCGGCAUCGGAGCCACAGCGAGUCCUUGCCAAGCCCCAGCUCGAGUAGGGGCAGCAAAGGGCACGAGCGGAAGGAGCAGAAGAGGAAGAAACGCGAAGUACAGCAGAUCCAGCAGAUUCAACAUCUGGAAUCCUUCUAUGAGAAACUUCCUCCAGGGUUAAUUAAGGAAGAUGAGACUAAACCAGAGGACUGCAUUCCUGAUGUGCCUGGCAAUGAAAAUGCACGAGAAUUCCUAGCACAUGCUCCAACAAAAGGGCUCUGGAUGCCAUUAGGGAAAGAAGUCAAAGUGAUGCAGUGCUGGAGAUGUAAACGUUAUGGACACCGAACAGGAGAUAAAGAAUGUCCAUUCUUCAUUAAGGGCAACCAGAAACUAGAACAAUUCAGAGUAGCACAUGAAGACCCCAUGUAUGAUAUAAUAAGGGAGAAUAAGCGACAUGAGAAGGAAAUGCGGAUUCAACAGUUGAAGGAGCUGCUGGAGGACUCUACUUCAGACGAAGAUAGCAGCAGCUCCAGCUCUUCAAGAUGUCAAGGAAAACACAAAAGGAAGAGGAAGAAGAAAGAAAAGAAGAAGAAGAGGAGAAAGCGCAAAUCUUCUAAGUCAAGCAAGAGGUCCAAAUUGCAUUGAGGAAACUUGUGGUAAACUUGCGAUGCAUUGUGGAACAUUCACAGAAUAAUUCUCCCCAAAGGGCUUUAACCAACAGGCAUGUUUAGAUGCUCCUUAGUGUUAUUUUGUGAGUUGCCUUAUUAACAGGGCUUUCCCACUGUACCUUCAUAUUGCAUAUUUGAUAUCCCUCAAGUUUAAAAAAAGUUGGUAGCUUGAUCCAAGAGAGCUGUUGCUAAGAUAAAGCACCUCUGUUGUGAACAUGUUAUCCCCGCCCCCCAACUUACCCUUUUAGCAGUUCUUGGGCCCUCUUAUUUCUUUUUAGCCUACUGAGAGGUUGAAAAAUCAAUCCAGGGAGCUGUGGGCAAGGGGAAGCUGCCAAUGAAGAACUUACAAAAUAGCUCCCAAUGUGUAUUCAAAUACCCUUUGGUCACAGCUUUGGAGAAUAUACAGAAAGGGAUUCGUUUAGUGUCAUGUAAGCAAGACCUGCAGAUGUGGUGCUGCAGAUGGCCUGGAAUCGGUUGGAUGAAGACAAAUGAGGAAUAUUUCUAGCCACUCAGACUCUGAGGCAAAGACUGGGAAAAUCAAAAACUGCAACAUCCUAAUUGCCUACAGUUCAAUUUUUGCUUUUGAAAAGUGGUUUUUGUACAGAACAGUGUGAUUAAGCACAGAUUACAGUAUCAUAGAAUGGUUUGUGUUCCUCAAUUGAAGAAAACAUGUUUAUGGCUCCAUUUGAACUUUAAUGUAAACAUUCUUGCUUCAACUUAAAGCCAGCCUGUACGACUGGUGACCCACUAAGUCAAAUACAGUCCACCAGGCUUUUGCAACAGACCACAAGGGGCUCUACACAUAUCCUGUUUGGGUUGUCUGCUUGGAACUGCAACAGAAGGGUUUGUCAAGCAGUGAUACAGGGCUAGUGGUCUACAUUCAGCUUGCAGGAUCACAAGUUGUGCAAACUGGAUUUAAAGCUCUCACCAUAUGAAUUAUAGUACAUUGUUGUUUUGAUAAUUCCACACUUAAAAGCUCCAUGUGUACGAUAUGGUGUAUGAAGUCACAAAAAGCCUUUGGUUCUCAUAGGGCAAAAUAAUGUAAAUCCAGAUCCACAUACGAAACCUCCUUUUAAGCAGUAAUGUUAAAGAGAUAUUUAUUAUACAUAGUCAAGACAUACAAACAGAUUGGCACUACAAUAAUAGAAAUAAUUUAAGUUUCAUUUUCUUCUGUAAAUCUUAAUUUUAUUGCAUUAUGGAGAGCACUUAACAUUUUCCUGCUUCCCUAUUGAACUGAAUUCCUACACAUUGAAAAUAAUCUUGCCAGUGUAUUGUUAAAAUAAUCAGUAGCAACCAGGUUGACCACAAGAAAAGGGGCUUGAAAAGGUUAACAAUAUUUUCUGUAAAACAAGUUAGCAAGAUAUAUUGCUAUGAGAGAGUGGGGAAAGUAUUACAAGGAGCUAUAACUAACUAUAUUUUUUAUGUAGCAAUGCCAGACCAUACGUUUGCUUUUUCUUUUGUACAAAAAAGGAGAAUUUAUAAGAAGGGUAGAAAUGUCAACAUUGGUACAACUGGCUUGUCCAGUAUAAAUGUCACUCAUUCAGCUGUGCUGUCUUGGAGAGAUAAGCAAAGGAAAAUUUGCUGAUCUUGAGGGCAACAGAAGCUUUGGGGUCACAAUAAGAGGCAGCCCUAUGGGGGGGGCGGAAGAGAGAGAGAGAGAGAGAGAUGCACAGCCACUGCUGUUGCUUGAUGUUUUUACUUAGUGGCAUGGAUAAGUAAUUUUGUCAUUUAAAAUGACGGCUUGCCUGUUCAUCUGGCUCACAGGUGGGAAACCCAUAGUACAUGCAGCCCACUGUGGGUUGCCUUCCCCCCCGUUUAAUUAUCCCCUACCCCAUUGGGGGGACUGAGAAGAGUGCAAUUGCAAGUGCCAAUCAGCAGGUGGAAGUGCACAAGUGAAUUGCUGAGAUCCCACUAUGCACUUCCCUGCUGUCUGUGGAGGUGCUUGUGUGAAGCCCUUGCGGCCAAGAAGAUUGGCGCGAGUUUCAAAACAUCAGUUUUCAUGUGCAUCUUUCCCACCUCAUUGAUGCCGCAAGAUAAUUUUGCACUCUGGACUUAAUGGUCAGAGUGGACCCUAUUCAGACAGACAUGUGAAUUA